GUUUUUGAAAGCAAUGAGACUGAUCAGAAGACUGUAACAGGAUGGGAAGAUGAUAAUGGAUGAGGAAAACCAGAGGGAGGCAGUAUUGCAACGUAAAGGCUCAUAGCUGCCGUAAAAGCCCGAAGAAGAGGGAGAAGAAGAAGAAGAAGCACGCGACGCCAUUUCCCCUGUUUUCCAUAACAACGGUGGACGCUUUCUCCUGAUUGGCUGAUGAACAUCCUGUGUUUUCAGGCCUCGCUAACAGAUGCUAUUUUAAACCAUACUUCCUCCGUGAGCAGUGGAUUAACAGGUAGACGUACAUCUUAGAAAAGGAGUGUUUCUGUCCAGUCGUCAGGAUGCAGCGGGGAUGGACAUUUGGACGCCAUUUCUCAUGCUGACUUAGCCACAUUAUCUGGGAUGGAUCACAACAACCCAGAGAUACUGAAAGAUCCUGGUGGAGAGCCUGGUCUGACAGCAGAUCGAGAGAACUCUGAGUCAUUCUGUACUGAAAAGGAGCAGAGGAGAUGCAAUUCCUGCGUGGGGACAGAGGAACAGACCACUAAUGGUUCCUGGUCACAGAGGUCCAUCUCCCGUUCCUUGCAGCGAGCUGAGACUUUACUCAAAAGCACCUUUAAUCCCAGUCUGAAGUGGCUGUUCCAGGGCCGCAGUCAAGAUGAGGAGGAGGUAGAAGGAAAUUUUGUUGUCGCUCACAAUCUGGUGUCCCGGUCCUCUGCACGUCUCCUACGUCUGCAACAAGCUCUUCUAACUGUGGCGCCACAGUGGCAGCCUGUUGGCAGUGGACAGAUGGGAUCUCCACAGGUCUGUGUGAAAGGCCCCCCCGGAGAGGGUGGUGUUCUCCUCCUGCUCUCCUCCUCCCUCCUGCAGGGACACUAUACAGCUCUGUGGAGGCUCCUGGAGCAGCGGUCCCUGCUGCUCCUCAUACAUGAAUACACCAGAAGGGCUCGCCUAACAGCAGCAUACAUAUCCAGAGUGAGACACCUGCUGGAGAAUCAGCUGCAGAAAUCACACCUGACACUAAACCAGACCCCAUCCAGCUGGUCUACAGUCACGGUUGGUCUUGGCUCACUGAGUCAGGAGCUGCGGGUCCAUCUCAACCACUGGUCUUGUCUGUUCUCCAAAGUCCAGUCUGAUCACUCUCUGAGGCCUGCUUUGGUCCAGCACACCAGGCUGCUGGCGGAAAUCAAACAGACUCUGGACUUACUUGGUCUGCAGGCACUGAUUUUGAUGGAACAUUAUGUGUGUGUCAUUCUGUCUGCUGUAGCCCAGACUGAAUUAGACUCCAUACCAAGAGAAGCGCUGGAGGAUAUUUUAGCUGGCACAGAGCUGUAUAACCAGGCAGUGGGAGAGCAGAGAGCACAGCACAACAUCACCCAGUUGAGGACUGCACUUUUACAGCAGGCACAUUAUUCCACACUAGAUUCUAGUCUUCCAAAGAGCAAAGGGCCUCACCCUGCUGCCUUCUCAAUCAAAGAGCUGAUGAGGAUUUUAGCAGUGCAUCAAGCAGAUAUGGCAGCCCAGCAGCUGCACUGCUGGGCCUCUGAGCAGAGUUAUCACAUCUGUCAGGUCCACAACAACCAAGAGGCCUACACAUGUUCUGAUAACUCCGUCAGUCAGGUGGCCAGGCUCAGCUGUGGGACCUCUGCGCUGAGAUCUGAGUGGACCUGGGAGCAGCUGCACCAUACCUACCCUAUUUCCUCUCCUCUCUUCUCUAUUAAUCAUCACCCCUCCCUACAGUCAUUAUCUCGUCACACCUGCCAUAAAACUUCUCCAAUUUACAUCCCUGACCUUCAUUUGGACAGUAACAUCUCUGAGAGCCACCAUCCUGUAUUAACAAAGUCCACCUUUAUCCAACAAAGACCAGAGAGCUCUAGCAAAGACCAAGCCAUCCAGUGCCAAACAUACAUAUCCCACACUGGUCCAGCCCAGAACAGUGUGGAAGCUUUGGACUCAGUCCAAGCAAAUAUAAAAAAACAGCCCACUUUAGAAAACUGUAAACUGUUACACACCAUUUCACCCCCUUCAUAUUCCUCCCACCAUCUCUCAGCCCUGCUUCUGUCAGGGGUCUGCCAACAGGACCAUUCCUCAUUAGAGCUCCUUUUUCAGGUGCUGGUUUCCUCCACUGAUCUGCUGGCUCCACUAGUUUCACAUACACCCACAUCCGAGGCACCAACUGAACAACUGCUACCCAAUACAAAAACAGAUGUGAUAUCUCCUAAUGGAAAGACUGACCUGAUGAAAUUAACUGCUCUCGUUGUCAGUGCAGCUGAUUCAGUGGAAUGGAACAGUGUGAGUACAGAACUGAACAAGGACCAGAAUGUGAAAGGAUCUCAGCAGGAAUGGACUGAAAUGGAAAUAACUACCAGGCAAGAACCUACUUUCAGCUCAGGUUUUCAAAGGGAUGGAAACCCAGAGAAGGAGGAGGCAGGGGGCACAGAGGGGACAGCAAUGGAGCCAGAUUGUCUUCGUUGGCCUCACUCGGUACAGUGGUUAGACCUUGGUCAGUCGUCUGUGUUUUCUGAACUGUUUGGACAGUUCCGCACCCUGCUGUGGACCCUCUGCAGCAAAGCCCUGUGGCUGCAGCUGCAUGUACCAAGAGCAGGAAGCACUGCAGGAAGCAUCAACCUCCAAGACAUACACAGGAGCUUCCAAAUCAUUCACAAGAUCAGUCAAGCUUCAAAGACGGAUCUGGUUCCCAAAGAGUGCAGAGCCAUGCUGGAGGACUUCAGUCUGUAUCUGUUAGUUGUUACAGCACAUGCUCAGUGGGACUAUGUGAUGUGCAAAGGUUUAGGUUCAUCUCUGAAAGAUAAGUGUCUCACGGGUGGGAAUCAGACCAGCAACUCUGUGACACCGUCGUCUGAGCUAGAUGGAAGUGUGAUGAUGUCAGCGACCAUGGAGCAUUUCCUGCUGCUGUCCCCUCCUCUCCUGUCAUCUCUGUGUUGCCAUCAUUCAAACAGCAGGGCCUCAGGUUCUUUUAGCGUCUUCCAGUCCAGGCUCACUCUCCAGAGACAGACUGUUAGCUUGGUGUUAGCCACAGUGCAGAUAUCUACAGUCUGGGUCAUAUCCAAGGCUUACCAGUUUCUCUCUUCAUGGAGUCUCAACAAGUUCCUGCUUAUUACACAGGGAGAUCUCAAAGUGCUCAGAGAGUCAUUAGAGACUAUGGUGCUUCAAACUAAGUCCCUGAUGAUCAAUUCAGACAGUAACCAACAUUCCACUCUUCAUAACCACAACCAGCAUCUGCUGAGGAGGCAACUCAGAGCACUUGACAGGGCUGUGUCCGAGCUGCAGACCUUCUCUUCUCUGGUGCUGAAGACCUUCUCCAGUGACUGCAAGAGGAUGUCAGGGGAGAUUUUUGAACAGACCAUGCCUUCUGCUGUACACUGGAGACCCAGCCUCAGGACAGGUUUUCCUGGCAGUCCCAGUGAGUAUGCGUGUCUGGCUGCUCAGACUGUGAUUGGUCAGGUUUUAGAGGGGGUGGCACCGUUGUCUGAUGAUGCCCGUGUCCAAGCUCUGAGUAUAACAAUGACAGCUUUUAUGGAGGCAUGGAUGGAACACAUCUUGAAACAUAAGAUCAAAUUCAGUGUGCAGGGAGCUCUCCAGCUGAAGCAGGACUUUGAUUCUAUCAGAGAGUUGAUCCAGUCAGACAAAUAUGGUCUGUCAGCUGAACUCCACCAGCGACUGCUCAGCCUCCGGGUUUUUCAGCAGGUGGACUCAGCAGUGGUUUGUCUGCUCCAGCAGCCGCAGGCCAAACCAUAUCUACAGUCCAGAGCCUGGGAGCCUUUCACACGCUGCUGUCCAGCCAACAGCAGCAGAAACAGCAUUGAUGUGGUGGCAAGCAGUAUAACCAACCUGAGGUGUAUGGAGGGUGAGGACCUGCAUCAGUCCGAUCCCUCAGAUGUGACCACUGACCUCCCUCCAGUGGACCCAUCCACCCCUGAAGAGCCGUACCUUGCUCCAAGUGUAGCUCUGGGUGUUGCUCAGCGGGAAUGGCUGGACCUGAGGAUCCACAGCAGCACUCGACGCUGGAGGUUGCCAGGACUGCAGUGUCUCUCUAAGUCUGAACCUUGAAUACACAGACCUUGCAGAGAUCUGACACACACACACACACACACACACACACACACACAUCACUUGAAUCUCUCUGGCUCUCUGUCUCUUCGGUUUACUGACAACAAACACAGUAUAAAGUAAAUAUCCAGUCUUGUUGUUUAUAUGGUGUAUAUUUUGCAAAUAAGACCAUGAUACCUCUGGAGGUUACUUUUGGGUGUAAUAUAUGUUAUAAAUUGAUAUAAAAAUGAAUUUAGCAAUGUCAAAAAUAUUUCUAUUUAAUAACAAAAGUAUUUGUAUAACCACAUAUUUUAUAUACUCCUGAUUAAAAUACAUAAUUUCAUCAUCAUUACUUCCUGAUAAAAUGUUUUUUUGUUUUCUGCGCACAUAAUUUUUAUGUGCAUAUGGUGCCUUCCAUACUUUGCUGUAUGGUGAUGGAUUUAACAAAUGGUAACAAAUAGCUUUGCAGCUUCUUGAGAAGUGUUGACGAACAGCUCUCUUUAGCUCAGCUAGAUUUAGAAGUAUUCAAGUCUGGGCUUUAUGACUUCACUGCUCUUUUUUCUGCACAUUCAAUAGUACAAUCUGCCAAAAGUUCAAUACAGCAACAUUUUGACCCCAAGGUGUGCCUUAGGCAAAAGGAAAAGAAAAGACAAAACAAAAACUAGACCUGCAGUUAGGAGAUCACAUGAUCAAACUCCUAUAUUCCAAAGAUGAUUUUUGGUGCAUUCUGCUCCAGGCUGUGUUCAUUAUUUGCCAUUUUGAAGUGUCCUAAAAAGGGAAUAAUAAGGGGUGAUUUGCAGCUGGCAUCUGACUCAGAGUCCAAAGAUAAGGGGGACACCCAGGCUACUCUAAAUGACAGUGUCCAAAAAUCUUAGAGGGGUAGUGAUCUGUAGGAAAAAAAACCCUCCAAUCAGAGUCCUGUACUGAGUCAGGUAUUGGGUCCAGUUAAGUGUAUACAUAUAUAUAUAUUAUAUAUAUAUAUAAAUUCACCGGAACAGGCAAAAAUGAAGUACACACAGGCGGGCAGUAGGUGAGACCAAAAAUAUAUUUUUUAUUUUUCAGAAUAACAAAUGAAAAAGAUGUGCUGUAUAUGUGUAAUAUUUUGACAUCUAAAUCACUAUUAUCACUGCAGUUCCUUUCAUUUUGUAAGUCAAUGACACAAGUAUAUAUAAAUAUAAAUAUAUAUAAAUAUAUGAGAAUAUGCACUACUAAAGGCUCUGUGUCAGAAUGUAGUUUGCAUGUACUUGAUAAGACCGGUGACUGCGUCAGAGGUUUUGGAGGAUCCGGCUUGGAUAAAAGUGUGCAUUGUUCUACCAGAUGGCGUGUGAGGGAGACCAGACUGGGGUAGUCUGUUUGCAACUUUUAGUGUUGCCAACAGUGAAGACAACCAAGCAGGGGGGCUGUUCCUGGUUUAAGCAGGGAGGUUAGAUAAGUAGAGAGGGUCUCACGCCAUCCAACCGCCUCAAGCAGGUCAUCUGCUAUCACCAUCUUGCAUAUCCUGGUAGUCCAGAUCAACCUGAGAUCUGGUGAAGUGGUUUCAAUUGCGUUAUUGAACCAGAUGGUUGCAGAUGUUGGAGACAGGAAAACGAAGCAUUGCAACUGUUAUUACAAUAAGAAUACAAUACAGUAUUCACAGGUAGCAGGACAAACAGGGAGUUUAAUGGAGCCCAAUAAAUCAUUUUUGUGGUUCAAUCCAGUCAUGAUGAGUCGGGCUGCGAGGGACAAAAUUGGAUCCCCCCCCUUUGAAUGAGUUAUGGAUGCCCUUCAAAGAAAAGUAGAAUAGAAAAGAGAUUAAAUUAGUUUUAAUCUGGAUCUGAGUGGUCUGUGCAUCAUCCGUUCAUUCAGUUAUUUCAUUUAAUUUGGAAAAUAGAAGACGUUUGUCCUCUGACUGUGGCUGGCAUCAAGAGGAGA